GUCGGCAGCGUGUCCACUGUUAGCACAUCCGAAAUUCCUAAUCAAUCCUCACCCUCCAACCACCACGAUUGGUAGCCAACAAAUAUCUCAUGACAAUUUCACUACAGCUUGAUGCGGUGUCUGGAGAGCCCAGCACGCGGAGGGCACUCUCUGACAUUUCUUUGGCAGUGGCCAAAUCCAAAAAGAUAGUUGUUGUCACCGGAGCAGGCAUUUCAUGUUCGUGUGGCAUUCCGGAUUUCCGGUCUUCAGAUGGUCUUUAUUCGCUCGUGAAACAGCGAUACCCAGACAUCGUCCUAAAAGGGCGUGAUCUCUUUGACGCAUCUCUGUUCCGCGACUCCGCGUCCACCUCUGUCUUUUAUACUUUUAUAUCACAACUCAAACGCUCUAUCGAUGCUGCAACUCCUGCACCAACACAUCAAUUUAUUCAAACCCUGGACGCAAAGCACAAACUAGUACGCUCGUAUACCCAAAAUAUCGAUGGUCUAGAAGAGCGAAUAGGGCUUCGUGGGAGUUCCAGUCAGCAGGCAAAGACAAGUGGGAAGAAGAAGUCGAAGCUGAAAGUCAAAGAAGUAAGGAAUGUCCAGCUACACGGCGACAUCCACCGCGUACGGUGUACUUUGUGCACUACUGAGAUGCCUUGUACCGAGGAGCAUUUGCACUCGUUCGAGAAUGGCAAAGCUCCGAGCUGCCCAGAAUGUACCUCACGAUCGGAAGCAAGAGUUGCUCGUUUCGCACGCGCUCUCAAAAUUGGAACUCUUCGUCCAGCCAUCGUACUCUAUGACGAACCACACCCUUUUGGGGACGACAUAGGCACGAUACAAACGAUGGACAUCGCUCGUAAACCCGAUAUGCUCAUCAUCAUGGGUACUUCGCUCAAGGUUCACGGUCUCAAGAAGCUUGUUAAAGAGUUUGCAAAAGUCGUACACGCCACUGGGACUGGAACCACACCUAAUGGUACUCCUAGAGCGCAAAAGAGUUGGCAGGGAAAAGUUAUUUUCGUGAACAAGACACCGCCUGGUAGCGAGUGGGCCGACAUCAUCGAUUGCCAUGUCGCAGGGGAGACUGAUGCAUGGGUCGACAAAGUCUUGGAAGACUGGAAGAAGAUGCGACCAUCAGAUUGGGAGAUACAACAGACUCUUGAUCACACUGAUGAGUCCAGUGGGUUCAAAGUCGCCAAAGAGACCGCUGUCAAAACGAAGGGAAAAGUUGCCCCAAAGUGGAAUAUGAACGUCGAGAAUGUGCCACUGGAGGAUCCAUUUUCCUCACAACCGCCUUCACCAUCAAAAAAACCAAUCAGUGUUCCGUCGUCGCCAAGCAAGCGACGACAGUCUAUAUCACACUACUCAGACGUGGAGUCAAGUCCGCGCAAGAGACGUGACAUUGCCAAAAUCGCGGAUGGUAUGGAUAGGUUGGAUAUGUCCGACAGGCGUAUAUUGUUUGCAGAUGCGACAAAUGCAGCCAAGAAUGCGGGAGGAGAUGACUUUCCGAUGGGCGACCAGCGACCUCUGAAAGCAAAGGUACGCCGAGCAAGUGCAUCGGUCGCCUCCAAGGAGUGCAAACCCCGGCCUCGAAAGAUUGCUAAACCAAGGGCGAAGGUAUGGGUGGAGAUCGCGAAGAGACCUACAUAAUAUUCAUGAGUUAUUGUAAGAUAUACCUUUGCGUUGUCGAUAUUCUUCCAGUAGUAUAAGCAUAUUGCAAAGGUAGUUGAAGUCUUUGAGGUAGAUAAUAAUAGUAAAACAGGAAAAGAUA